CUUUUGGCUGCAAAACCUAGGGAGGGGGGAACUCGAAUGGAAGACAGCGGCGCAGCCAAAACGAGUCAGCCGAGUUUGAAAUAAAUAAAUAAAAAUAGCCAGAACAGAACUUUGAAAACAAACUUUAUAUCUUAUUGGAGGCAUAGUUCUCGUCGUAGUCAGCGAAAGGAUUACCGCCGCCGCCGUCGCUGGAAAUAGUUCCCGGUUUGUUUAUAUUGUGGGAGGAAGCCGAGAGUGAAGGAGGCCCCGUCGGGUGCGAUUGUAGAGAAGCGGCCGUCUCGGAGUGUGAGUGAGAGAAUAUGAUACACACAUCAUAAUGACAUCAAGAUUUGGUAAAACCUACAGCCGGAAGGGUGGGAACGGCAGCUCGAAGUUUGAUGAGGUCGUCUCCAACAAAAGAGCCACUCUCAGUACCAAGUGGGGGGAGACAACCUUCAAGGCACAGGUGGGAUCGAAGCGGCCCAACUUCAAACCGGAGGUGACUGAGGUCCCCAAACGGGUAAAGUACACUGAGCCAGAGACAUCUGAAGAUCCAUUUGGCUUUGACAGUGAUGAGGAUUCCAAGCCUGUCACCUCCCGCAGUAUUGCACAGGCCAAGGCACCAUCCGGUAAGCAGGCUGCAGAGACUGUGACGUCUGAGAACUUUACCUCCGUCUUGGAGGCCAAUAGCAGGAUUAGUCAGCCUAUCGGCACAGAUGCCAUUGCCACCGGUAGGAUAUCUGCUUUUGACACCGCUGUGCACGGGAUCAAGGAGAAGAGUUCAAACAAGAUUCCAGAGGAAGGAAACAGUGUCUUCAGCAGCUACACCACUGCAGAGAAGACUCCACAGAACUGGUCAAAUGAAAGCGCUGAAAAGAACAGCUCCUCCUGGUACAAGAACGCAACAGAGAGUGACAAAAACCCCAGUGGUCAAACAGCAACACUGAAGAUGGAGACUAAGGACUCUUUCGAUAGUUGGCAGUCGAGUGCAGGUUUUAGGUCGGACUCCCCCGACCCUGAGACCUGCAAAAGCAAAGAGUCCACAUGGACUGGUAGCACAAAGCAAGGGACAGAGGCAAACUAUGAGAACAAAGUGGAGAAGCCUGUCUCCCACCUUGACAGUGACUUUCCUCUGAAGUCUCAAAGUGAUCAGGCUGGUGGUGGAGAUAUUGAUAUCCCCAGGGAGCCAACCGAAGCAGAAGUCGUCUCCCAAUCCGUUCUUAGGCCAUCCAACUGCAGGACGUACCGCCGGCCCAACAAGGGCAAACAGUCUUCCCCUGUAGACAACUCUGAUAAUAAACUAGGUGACAGCACAGGCCAGUCAUCGGCAAAGACUAACAGUGUGGCCGUCAAACCAGCUAACACAGGAAGAGGGAGGACUAGAGACUACACAGUUUUGCACCCGUCAUGUCUGUCUGUAUGCAAUGUCACCAUCCAGGACACCAUUGAGCGGAGCAUGGACGAGUUUACCACAGCCCCCCCGGCCGAUCUAGGGGAGGCUGGGCGACUGAGGAAGAAAACUGAGAUCGCCGCUGCAGCCAAACCAGCCAGAUUCCGGCCCACCCAAAACAAGUCGAAAAAAGCUGCAAAACUGGAGUUUUUUGGGUUUGAUGAAGAGCAUGGAGGCCAAGCAAUUGAGGGGGACCCCACAGCCUCAGGCAGUGCAAAUUACAAAAUCAAAUACUUUGGCUUUGAUGAUGUGAGUGAAAGUGACAGUGAUGAAGAGGAAGGGUCCCAGGCAUCUGAAAAGAGGAAGGCGAAGAAGAAAAAGGCGGCAGCAGCAGCAGCAGCCGCCGCCGCCGCCAGCGCGGCCGCUGCAGCCUCCAUGACUUCGUCCAGCUUGCAACUGUCCUGCAUGGGGGAGAGCGAUUCUCAAGAUAGCCAGACCAGCACUAAUACAGACAUUCUAGAUUUCCAAGAUGAUUCCUUUCCAACAGUAUCUGAAGCGACAAAGAGGCCAGCGAGUCAACAGUCGGACAAGGCCAAGGAGAGCACCAGGAAGAUCUUCAGUGGUCCCAAGCGAUCUCCCACUAAAGCCGUAUAUAAUGCCAGACACUGGAAUCGGCCAGAGCCUGAGGAGCUGCCACCUCCCCCGCUGUCGAGAUUUCAUACUGCUCCGGCCAGUAUAUCAACAAAGGAGACAACUGCCCAUAAAGAUGAUGGGUUAUUUAAGGCUCCCCCACCACCUCCCAGAGUGAUCAAGUCUGUGACAAUGCCCACCCAGCCCUACCAAUACAUUGUUACUGCACUGAAAUGUAGGAAAGAAGACAAAGAGUUAUACACUGUUGUCCAGCAUGUAAAGCACUUUAAUGAUGUGGUGGAGUUUGGAGAAAACCAGGAGUUUACGGAUGAUUUUGAGUACCUACAGACAGGUUUGAAGAGCAGUCAGCCCCUCAACACACGUUGCCUUAGUAUUAUCAGCCUGGCUUCAAAGUGUGCCAUGCCUAGUUUCCGAAUGCACCUAAGAGCCCAUGGGAUGGUAGCUCAGGUCUUCAAAACGCUAAACGAUGCCCCUCAACACCCGAAUCUGGCAUUGUGUACUGCUUCGCUGAUGUACAUCCUGAGCAGGGACCGUCUGAACAUGGAUCUGGACCGAGCCAGCCUGGACCUGAUGAUUCGACUCCUGGAGCUGGAACAGGACUCCUCUGUAGCAGUUCAACUCAAUGAAAAGGAGAUCAAUAAAGUUAAAGAGAAGAUCCGUAAGCUCUGUGAAACAGUACACAACAAGCAUCUAGAUCUAGAGAACAUUACGUCAGGACAUUUAGCCAUGGAAACACUGUUAUCUUUGACCUCCAAAAGAGCAGGGGACUGGUUCAAAGAGGAGCUGCGGUUACUCGGUGGUCUGGAUCACAUUGUAGAUAAAGUAAAAGAAUGUGUAGAAAACCUGAGCCAUGAGGAUGAUGAGGAGAAUUUGGUUGCUUCCCUUAGGGGAGCGGAGAGGUGUUUACGGGUUCUGGAGAGUGUGACUGUUCACAACCCAGAGAACCAGAGCUACCUGAUUGCCUACAAAGAUUCCCAACUCAUAGUCUCCUCAGCAAGAGGGCUGUGGCAUUGUGAAGAGAUGAUCCAGCGGUAUAAUUAUGUGGCCAAUAACCUGGCUUCUGCAGAUGGCAAAUCCCUACCGCACCGUAGCUCCUCGGGGAAUGUGGGAAAAGCUGUGGAGGACUGCAUGAGAGCCAUCAUCGGAGUCUUACUCAACCUUACCCAUGACAACGAGUGGGGAAGCACAAAGACGGGUGAACAGGAUUCUUUCAUCAUCACAGCAUUGCACUGUGUACUGCGGGUCCCACAAUACCUUGCUCAGGAACAGAGAUUCGAUAUCAGAGUGCUGGGACUUGGCUUGCUGAUCAACCUAGUAGAGUACAGUGCCAGGAACAGGCACUGCCUGGUGGAGAUGGAGAUGGACUGUGAGCCCUUCGAAACGAUCUGCGUUGCAGAGGGAGAGGAGCUCAAGACAGAAGGGUCUAUGAGUGCCAUUGCAGCCUUGGUACAGCUGUUCCUUCAGCGGGAACGUGCUGCCGUUCUUGCAGAGACAGAGACAGACGAUUUCAUUAAUGACGCACCGAAGCCUCAGUUGGACCAGAGCGGGGAGUGGCAGGAGACCAGUGGAGAGAUCCAGUGGGUCGCAUCUGAGAAUCAUACCAAUAGCAAUACAAAUGACAAGGAGAAGGAGAAGAAAGAGGAAGAGGAUGAGGAACUCGACCUGAAUAAAGCUCUUCAACAUGCUGGCAAGCACAUGGAGGACUGCAUUGUAGCUUCGUAUACUGCACUGUUACUGGGCUGUCUUUGCCAAGGGAGUCCUAUGAAUGUGACUACUGUGAGAGAAAUUUUACCUAAAGGAGAUUUCUCAAUAAUGACAGAAAUGCUUAAAAAAUUCUUAAAUUUCAUGAAUCUUACGUGUGCUGUUGGAACGACAGGACAGAAGUCCAUCUCUCGAGUGAUUGAUUAUUUGGAGCACUGUUAGAGCACUUGGCUUCAGCUAGAUCAUGCAGGAAUAAUUGACCCGACCCAGAGGAGUGCAGUGGGGAAAGAAGCCAAGACACAAACACCAACUGGACCAUUUGUCCAUACAUAAGCAUCUCUGCAGCAAACUUAAGCUUUGACAUCUGUCAGGCUUGCACUCUGUGUUUUAUUUUCAUUUGUUUGAUUUUAAACUGGCAAGUACAAUGGUCUGUGUUAAACAGAAACCUGUGAGGCUGCAUAUUUUCUGUUAUAGUUUUUAUAAAAAUAAGUGAGCUGUUCUGGCAAGCUAUCCCAGCUUCAUGAGCAUUUUUUAAGUUCUCUUCUUUCAUGACUCCUAAUCAACCCUUUGCCUCAAGUAAUUUUUCUCUAAAUUACUGAAACUCCUGUUUUAUCGUUUCUAUGAACCUUGAAAAAGCUUGUCUCAAUGUUGCGCUACAAAAAAAAAAAAAAAAAAAUUAUAAACAUUUUUUUUUUAAAAAUGUGAAGGUAGUUUUAGCUAAACUCCCAUUUGCUGCUCAGCUGAGGUAUGGAUCAGUGCUAGAUUAGCACUGUCUCUGAAAGCCUUUCACAGCAUGAAUUGUAAUUUGGCUACAAAGCACCUAUUUAAUUGGGGUGGGAUGGGAGGGAGGGAUCUUUCCAUAUUUGUUAUGAUUUUCACUGAAGUGCCUAAGUAUCCUGGGUCUCGGCUAGUUGGCAAAUGUGACAUCAAAAUAAAUAAAUACCAUUUGCAAUGGCAAAUUGCAACCAAAUGUAGAAAGAGAAAAGCUUACAGCCCAACUGUACCAAAGCCAUUUGCUUACUUGGUAUUGCAGGCUGUUUUUGUUGUUGUGUUUUUUUUUUUUUUUACCCUCAAAUAACUUAAAUUAAGACAUUACAGUAUCUAGAAUGUUUAUAAAAACGACAAGCUUUCUCUACUUUCAGUGGGUGGAAGAGUAAAAAAUAGCAGGUGUUUUGUAUACAGUUGUAAAAAGGCAUAUUUCAGUAACGUAUGGUUCAACAUGCAGCGAACAGCUGUGGUAGGUGUUGACCCACUGAGGAUUUUCAGUUGCUUUGGUGGAACAAUAAAGCAGUUGAUCUAACAGACAGUCGCAUUGAUUGGAGUUCUUUCUUGGGGGGGGGGGGGGGGGGGGGGUUUCAUUAUAUGGAAUGUUUGUCACAACAUGGCUAUUCCAGUUAAAUUCUAUGUUCCAACCAUGUUCAUCAUUUUUAAACCUUGGUCGGUCAUAAGACUGUAAUUAAGAACCUGUUAAUACAAGAGACAAAGGUUUUGACAAGAGGUUUUAUCAAAUGUUUUAUACAUAAUCACACUUGCAGACUUCUUGUUUCCAAAAAGUACCUAAUCAUUUAAUCAAAUCUGUUAAACCUACAGUGGAAUGACCUUUGGGGCUGGACUUGCGACACCCUACCACAGUAGAAUAAAAAAAAAGGUUGGAACUUAAAAAUGUCAAUCAAAUGUGUUUGGGGGGGGCAGAAGACAAGUGUAAAGAUGCACAAUAUCUUAAGCAAGUCUGUGACUCCGUCACAAGAGGUUGAAUGGUAUUUGUUCAUGAAAUGUAAAGUAGUACAGAUGACUGUAUUUUUCCCAUUUUAGAUUCAGUAGGUAAACCUAUGUACCCUGGUUUAAUGGAAAAUACCUCUUAAUUGAUGCUGUGGUUUACAUCAAUGCAGACUGUUUCACUACAGUACAGCAGCCUUCCCAGGCCCAGUGGCCAGCUGCCCUAUUUUCAGGCAACAUGUACAGGGGUGUAGUAAAUUGCGUUUAAGAACUUGGUUUAAAAAAAAAAAAAAAAUGAAAAGAAACACAGCAGGACUGGGAAGCCCAUGUAUUGAACAGGCCUAUAUUAAUAAAGCACUUGCAUUUCAAGGGAUUGCAUUGGUUAUGUCCAAAUUUUUUCUUUUUAAUUAAAACUAAAUUGAUGUGGGUGAUUUCAGAUAUUGGGGCACUUAUCCCAAAAUUAUUACAAUUAGAAUAGAGCCAAUGUCAAGAGUUACUGGUUAUUGACUUUGUCAUGCUUUUUAUAAACCCAUGUAAAUCUAUAGAGAACUUUUUUGUGCAAAACUGUAGUUUAAUCCCCCCCCCCCCCCCCCCCAUAAUGCCUUUUUAUAUAUCUGCAUACAAUUUAAUUUAUCCCCACUCUCCCCCAGCAAAUGUAAAAUGUUUUUCAUAUUCUGCUAUACCUUAAAGUAGGAGUACAGUAAAGUUGUUUGCAUGGUUAGUUGGAGUUUAGAAAAAUGCAAAUAUUAAAUGCUCUUUAUUAAAGCUGUUUUCAGAUACUGCAUAUCCUAGCAUGUUCAUUUGUUGUAUUCGUGACCUGGUUUUCAGAUUGGUCAUAGAUUAAGGGACGGGAAGAGGGUUCAAAUGUACUGGAUCUCGAGCGAGUGGACUUAACAUUGUUUUUCCCCCUCCCUACUCCUGUGUAUUUUUUAACUUGCAUUGUUUUUACAAUGCCAAGGUAUAAAUAAUUUUGUUUGACGUUCUAGUUAACUAGAAACCCUUUCAAGCUGUUAAACCUCUUGUAUUUAAACAAUGUAAAUUUUGUUUGAAAAACUAAACAAAUUAUUCCAGCCAAGGUCGUUUUUUUUUUUUUUUGGGUUUUGCAGUCAUUGUUAUGUUUUACAAAGUAUACAAGAGGUAAUUUGCAAUUCUAAAUAAAAUAAAAGCAUUUGUAAAUAGUUCUGUAAAUACUGGCUAUUGGAAAUGGUAGACUACUUUUCUGAAUCCAAUCCUAAUUUUAUACAGUAUUUCUCAGUUGUGUUCUUUUGAAGUUUAAAAAAAAAAAAAAAAAAAAAAAAAAAAAAAAAGCCAACUACAGGAUACAUUUUUUUUUUUUUAAAUAGUCCAAGUUUGUACCAGUUUCAGGAAUUGUCUUUGGUUACCUGUAAAUAAUUUGAACUCCAAUAAAAAUUGCUACUUUCAGUAAA